AUGUAUUGGUCAAUGGUGUCACAACAAUUGAUAAUAAUUGUUGUUGUUGCGAUGAGCCAUAUUACAAAUACAUUUGCUUGUUUCAGCACUGGUUUUUGUCCAUGUCAAACAACAGUUGAUGCUUGUUCAUGUACACAACAUGGAACAUUACAACCGAAAAGUUAUAGUGCACUAUUUGUAUCGCAUAAAUCAUCAAGUUCUCAUCCUUCACCAUCUUAUUCUGCACCACGUUCAUCAUAUUUGCCGUAUCAACCAGUACCAAUUUCAAGGCUUCCACACCCUCAGACGUAUAAUUCUCCCUAUACCUCCUAUAAAACAUCACAGUCAUUACCUAAGCAAUCUGUGGUACCAUCACCAUCAUCAUAUAAUAUCCAACGAUCGACCAGUAAUAUCAUGGGCCCAUCUAAGAAUUAUAAUCCGCCUUAUCAUAUUUAUGGAAUUCAUUCACAAAAAAUGCCAUCAAAUACGGUAACAAAGGUAUCACAAAUUUAUGGACCAAAAAGGCCUUCAAAUGAACUUAAUGAAAAUUUGCAGCAAAUAGAAGUGGCACCAUCUAUUAUUAGCAGGUUGAUUAUUCUAUUUGUCCUCCUUUCUUUUCGUAUCUAA